CAAAAAGCCUACCGUCGACGUUCAUACCUCCACCUGCCGUUUGAAUUGAUCCUGAAACCGGUCAAUUGGCUCUUAAUCGACACGGAGAAUUGAGCCACCGUUGGCAGAGGCUCGAUUUCUUAUAUUCCAGACCCUUCGCGUCAUCUUAAUACCGUCACAAUGCUGUCCAGGGCUGCCAGACCAGCUCUGAGAGCUGGAGCUUCGGUUCCUUCUCGGGUCGUCGCAACACCCCAGAAUGCCGCCAACUACGCUACGCUGCGUGAGAUUGAGGGCCGUCUCAAGUCCAUCAAGAACAUCGAGAAGAUCACCAAGACGAUGAAGAUUGUCGCCUCGACCAAGCUCAACCGCGCCCAGCGCGCCAUGACGGACAGCCGCAGCUACGGCCAGACCUCCAACGCCGUCUUCGAGUCGGCCGAGACCAAGCCCCUCGAGGGUGAGGGCAAGAAGGAGCUCUACGUCAUCUGCAGCUCCGACAAGGGUCUCUGCGGUGGUAUUCACUCUGGUCUGUCUCGUUAUAUCCGCAGGCUGUCCGCCGAGAAGCCCGGCACCUUCGACCUGGUCAUCGUCGGCGAGAAGUGCAAGGCCCAGCUGAGCCGUACCAACGCCAAGGACAUCCAGAUCAGCUUCGCCGGUGUUGGCAAGGACAUCCCCACCUUUGCCGAUGCCUCGGCCAUCGCCGACCAGAUCGUUCGUCUGCCUGGCGACUACUCGAGCAUCAAGAUCCUGUACAACAAGUUCAUCAACGCUCAGAGCUACGAGGCUACCCCGAUCGAGGCUUUCUCCGAGGAGGCCAUCGCUGCUUCGCCCAACUUCUCCGCUUUCGAGGUUGAGGAGGGUAUCCUGCCCAACCUCCGCGAGUACGCUCUGGCCAACUCCCUCUACUGGGCUCUGGCUGAGGGCCACGCCUGCGAACAGUCUGCCCGUCGCAACGCCAUGGACAACGCCUCCAAGAACGCCGGUGAGAUGAUCACCAAGUACCAGAUUCUCUUCAACCGUACCCGUCAAGCCGUCAUUACUGGCGAGCUGGUCGAGAUUAUCACUGGUGCCACCGCCUCCGCGGACAUGUAAAAAGAGAUAUAGAAGGACGAGUGGAUGGAAAGAGGGAAAGAGAACACUUUAUUUUCAAGUCUUUUGUUUUCUCGUGCAAAAGCCGCCCAUAGUUUUCUUCCCUUUGUAACAAAUGCAUGCGUUUAAAACCCCCGACCAUGCGGGACCCCCGUGUUCACAAAGUGUACUAAAACUCUAGAAUAAAGAUGAUGUGCUGCUGA